ACGCAGAGCGACAUGACGCAGACUCCGAGCCCGAGUCUGACCAUUGACGAACCGCUAACACAACAGUCCACACCUAAAGCGAAGGACUAUUAAGGCUAUCUUCUCUCUUCGUGUCUCUUCUCUCAUAGUCUAACAGGAUCACUGUACAAACUGGAAUUCAGAGUAUAUGUAUAUGAUAUAUAUAUUUAUAAUUCUGAAGCAUGCAGCAAAGGAGUACUCACCUACAUCUUGAGUAAUUUCGUAUACCCGAUGACAAGGAUAUACCUGGAGUGUUUCAUGGAUGCAUUGGAAAUAGCUGUAAGUAGACAAAGAAGUAUCACUAGCAACAGAACAGACAGUCCUAGCAGCAGAAGUCUUGCAACAUUGUACGUAGUUACAACCCUAGUCAAAGGCAAUAUUCUAGUGGUAAUAUUCUAGUAGGUGGAUUAGUCGAGUAGGCAUUUAGGGUAGGCAAGCUGCUGUGUAAGUACUCUAUAUUAAUACGUAUAGUGCUGGUUCAACACGACGGAAGAUGGAUAUUAGAGAUGAUAGCUUUUCUGAGUAGGCAAUUAGUGGCUCCGACUAGCAUGCUGUAUAGUACGCAAUACCGUUCUGGAGCUCGAUGGCUUUAAGUAGGCAAACGAAUAUCAGACCUCUACGAUCCAGAGGAGUUGUGGAAUGAACGCGAUGAAAACGAUGAAAACGAGAUUAAGGCCUGUUUUUUGCUAUCCCGUGGGAAAUAUGCUGUAAGCGGAGCGGUCCUUUUCAAGUACUUUAAAGUGAGGACACUCACACUUCUAAGGGGCACGCAGUGCAUCUCACUCAGCUUCUAAGGGGUAGUGAAAAACUAGCGCUAAAGAUAAGACGAAGAAGCCAAAAGUUGGCCUCUCAGUUGAACCAGAGCUACCUACGCCGUGGCACCGACUCUUCUACAAAAAAUCUUGUGAUUUAAGAACCUGGCUGCAUUGUUUGUUGUGCUCGCUCGUCUUGUGAUAUAAGACGCUGCAUGUAUAUUUUACUUGGCUAUACUUGACUUUAUAUGCAAACGAUCUCGCGAUCUGAGACACAGGCUGUUUAUUUUUAGAGCUUUGCAGGCUGGUCCGAUAACUCAGGCAGGACCCCCUCUGCUGCGUUUCUGGGUUCCCCCUGCCCCACGCGUGGGCCGAAAGACACUGCGCACGCGCUUGACAUAGGUCCCUAUCCCCUAGAUUGAAUUCUCCUAGGUUAACUUAUCACAGCAGCGUUUCUAAAAUGCUCAGGUUAUUGCAGAACAAGAAGAUGGCCUCCUAGAAGAAGUCCUCGUAAAUAUAUUACAAGUACGCUCCACAUCGAACGGAUGGUGUCCCAUUCUAUCCAAUUAGGACAAUAAACCCUUUUAUCUAAAAAAUUGGAAGUAUGUCCUUCUAACAUGAAACAAUGCUGAGGGCCUCCAGGACCCUGACCCGGAGGUGAGAGCGCGCGCAGAGAAGACGGUGCUUCGGCAUGUGGAGUGGGUGACUGACCUCAGACGCAGUAGGCUCACUGGCGAACCGACAACCAUGGUUAAGGCUCGCAAUAUUUUUUUCGAGUUUGUUCUCACGUGGAGGUCCCUCUUCUCGGUUUUUCUUUUUUAGAUGUAGAUACCUUAUGUCAUACCCCAUGAAGAAUGGGCACAACACUACUACUUCUACUACUACUCCUACAGUACCUAGGUGGCAGCAGCUGGGAUUUGGAAUCUAAAUCUAUUUUAGUGAGUAUCGCUGAGGUCUUUUUAUGGCAUGAUUAAAAAGAUGUUUUUUAUACUCCCCACGCACUGGGAAGCGUCUCCUAGCACCGAGAAGAGGGACCUCCGGUUUUCUUCUCGUUAAGGUCAUGAUCAAAGGGUUUUUUGGAAACACUUCAACUUGUUUAACAUACUCGAAAACUGAAAAUAAGCGAGUUACUGACUGAAAUAAGGGAGGUAGCUCUGAAGACAGGGCUACUCUACUUAGUUUCAGUAGUUACUCGCUUAUUUUCAGUAGAUGCUCGCUUAUUUCAGUUUAUCGAAUACAUACACUUUUAGACAACCACGACUUGCGGAUUCUACUAGACAUACUUACUUUGUUGAAACACUUCUGUAGCCAGACCUCGUCUUCAUCACAUUUAGGGCUGGAAUGAGGUCCUAUGAACGUCGGGCUUUCGAGCUCUUUUUGGCGCCGGUUGUCUUGCUUCUUAUCUCCUAAUAAUGAUAAAUAAUUAUCAUACUCCUUAGUUAGAUGCCCAACACACUUCAUACUUCUUAGAUGUACAACAACACAGGAUUGAAUAUGAAUCACUAUGACUCACUUAGAAGGGAAGCGCUAACUUCGACAAGGCAUGGGACCAGCUAGCUGACCGGUGGGAGGAUAUAAAAGCUAAGAAGAUCCGCCCCUUAAUCGCGGAAAUCCAGAAGGAGCAAACUUUGAUCAAGAAACUGAUAAAGAAAUACGAUCCGAAACGCAUCAACAGAUUAAGGCUACAUCACCGUUUUUUAAAUUAAGUCUUCUAAUUAAGGCUCAGCUUUCAAUGGUCAUUGGGGUAGGCCAACGCCUAAACCACUAAGCCAACUGCGCAGUUGGCUUAGUGGUUUAGGCGUUUUUUAAAUUCAGUCUUCUAAGGACUUACACUUUUUUACUUCCUCCUUCCGAUGGAAGGUAAAAAUCCACGUUUCCAACUCAAGGAUGUUAUGACUCUUACCAAGAAGAUACACGACCAUUUACAUCUCUAUCCAGAAUAUUGCAGUUAAGGAGCAGUAGUUCUGAACUAAGUAGUUCUAAAGAGAAAGUACGAGCGCAAAUUUAAGAGGCGGGCUCUAGAGGAGUCGGAGUUGAGGCGAGUUCAAAGACGCGGCAUGAUGCGUGCUAUCGAGUUGGCGUAUCUGAGAAACCCUUGGGAAUUUUAUGAAGACAUUAGAGAUGCUCCCUGGUAAGUAUUUGGUACUUAUAUACUUAGACUUGUUGGCUGUAUCAAGACUUGGAUAUUAUAGAUACUUAGUGCUUGGUAUUCGGUAUCAAACAUCAUCAGCAUAUUUAGACUGGUUGGCUGUAUCGUAUAGAUUCUUAGACGCUUGGUAGUACCAUCACGACAAUAUACUUACGACUUGGUAAGUAAUCGGUAUCAACGUGGAGAUUAUUUGGAUUAUUUUUAUUGCUAAGUAAACCAAUUAUACCCCACGACUACUACUACUCCUACUCCUACUCCUGCUACUAGCACUACUACCACCACUGCUACUACUCCUCCUACUACUGCUAUGGAACGGCGCCAAGUUGUCCUAAGUACUAGUUAGUGCUGUCUUAUUUAGAUGGAAGCCUCUGCACACGGUAGCCAUUAGAGGCAUAGUUAGGACUUUACGUAAGUAGACGUGGAAGUAGCAUUUCCUGUCCUUGAGCGAAGUUCCUGAAGGUCCUAAAAAGUCAUGUCCAAAAAUCAUGUGGUUGUUGAAUGAUAAUCCAAAGAUUGUGCUUCUACUCUUCAGAUAAUAUUCUUCUAAGAAAAUCCCUUGCUCAGCGAAGGAGAUGUGAAGUGGUACGAGGGCCCACUGUCUCAGUGGCGCAAAAAGCCCUCCUCACCAAUGCGAGAGCAGAGGAAAAAAGCUGCCAUGUUAGAACUGGUGGAAUGGUUGCAGAGUGGCAAGCAUCUGCAGACGAAGGAUAUUAAGGGUGGGCAGAAGCAGAACAAUGGUGGUGGAAAAGAGCCGGAUGGCACGCAUUUGGAGAAGAAACGUGAUGGAAAAGGAAAAUUCUCUGUAUAAUGCACGACGGAACAAAAAAGAAUACGAAGGAGGCGAUGGGGACCUUUGCUGGUGGAAAAGAAGGCAUCUUCACUCUCUGAACCAUGGCGCAGUGAGGUGGCCAGAACAGGAGGAUAGUUCUAUUAGAAAGCGGAAAUUGAUGUAGGAUAGAUGAUGAGGAGUACUUCUAUCAUAGUUCGUUGUCUAAAAUGAGGAGUAGAGGAGUACUUGUACUAUCAUAGUUCGUUGUCUAAAAUGAGGAGUACUAUCAUAGUUGUCUAAAAUGAGGAGUACUAUCAUAGUUGUCUAAAAUGAGGAGCACUAUUGUCAUCGGCUCUUCGCCUUAAGCUGAUGAAUCUCGUAUCCAUCCCUCUCCGUCAAAGAUCUCAACUAUAGGAACGGUAGCAGGCUUUUCCUUUUCAAUAUCAAAGGACUUAACAGCUCCAACAUCAGAGAAAUUCGCAGAACACAGAGGAGAUUCAGGGAAGUCGUGGGCCCGACCCGAAUCGACUAACAUCAUCAUCAUUAAAGGAUUUAAGUAAGCUUUUUCAAACCUUGACAACAAGGAUCGCGAGCAGAACUAACCGCUGCACCCUAAGUACUGAGGAUAGAUGAUGAGGAGUACUAUCAUAGUUGUCUAAGAAGGAUUGAGUUUUUGAAACUUCUAAAUGGAAGCUUCUAGGUGGAAACUACUUCUAAGAGUCAUAAUGUAGUUAUCCCUGUCUGACUGAUGAAAGUAGAAAUCUAAGAUGUAGAAACUAAGAAGUUCUGAAACUCCAAGAAUAAGGAAUUCAGGAGAAGUGCUUACUUAAAUGCUUCAACAACUUGUUGAAGCGUUGUUGAAGCAGUUGUUCUAGAUGAACAUGCACACCAUUCAAGGUCGUGCAACAAGAUUUAGAUUUUCAUUUCUUAGAUGUGCAUGUAGGUAGAACAGCCAUGGCACAUGCUAGUCGUGCUUAAGUAGUCGCUCCAUUGGAAUAAUGCACAACGACGCCUCUUUUGGCCAUGCCAUUGUUUGUAGCUGUUGUUCAACUGCACGACCGUAUGUUUGUAUCUUCACUCAAGGGAAGGUUCUCUUAGAACAACUUAAAUCGUGGCGGUCAACAUCUUCAU